AUACCUGAAAUGAAUUUAUUUUACAUAUAUCUAUCAAAAAUUUAUUUUUCACAAAAUAAAACCUAUCUAGCCCCAUGACCCACCCACAUCUCCUUCCUCUCUUUUCUCUCUUCUUCUUCCACUUUAGUGGUCACUGGUCAGGCAAAAGACUUUCUGAAAGUCGUUUUGAAAUCUAAUUUUGAUCGGACGAUCUAGUGGCUCGAUAAGAGUUUUAACAACCUUGCACUCGACUAUCAAUUAAAAUAAUCUGGCCAAGAGGCAGGUGGGACAGCUACAGCCUACAGGCAGUUAGUGCAUAAUUAAUGGACUUGACACUUCAGCGCUCACCGGCCACCACGUCAAAUGAACAGAGCCUAACGAACUAUAGGAGCAUUCCACGUUGCAUGGAGGCAGCCGUAACACCGUCACUAGGCGGGACCCACUCUUGGCGCCACGUGGGCUGUACGUUCCGAAAUCCAAUGCUUCCCCUCCCUUUUCCUUCUCCCGCCUUUAUCUGGACCAUUUUCUCUUCUCCUCUCUCUUUUCUGGUAAAAACCACAACUCGACCCUUCUUCUCCCCCCUUCCGUUUUCUCGAUCAUCUGAAAAUCGGGGAUAAAGAUCGCAAAACAAGGAAACGAGAGAGUAAUCAUGGACUCCAAUUUCGUCCUGGUGAGGCAGAUUCCGCCAGGGAUUCGGCUUCUGCGAGCAGUCAGAGGCCGGGAUUGGACCCUGAAAACUUACCGGUACGCAACCUUGCUGGUCACCUUCAUCGCCUACGCCUGCUACCACGCUUCUCGAAAACCUAGCAGCAUCGUCAAGAGCGUCCUCGAUCCCGACCCGCUGAAUCGGCCGCUCUCAGGUAACGACCCCUUUCCUUGGCCGAUUGGGAAUGUGUUCAUCGAGGAACAAGGGCAAAAUUCUUCCCCCCUUUCGGAGAGCAGCAGGAAAGGUUGGGAGCCGUUCAAUGGCAAGGACGGGACGUCGAAAUUGGGGGAAAUCGAUGUCGCGUUCCUGUCCUGUUACUCGUUGGGGAUGUAUGUAGCGGGACAUUUGGGGGAUAAAUUGGAUCUGAGGCUGUUCUUGACCUCUGGCAUGGUAGGCAGCGGGAUCUUCGUCGCGCUGUUUGGGAUGGGUUAUCUCUGGAAUGUUCAUGUGUUUUGGUUCUACCUGGCGAUGCAAAUGGUCGCGGGGCUGUUCCAGGCGACUGGGUGGCCGUCCGUUGUGGCGGUGAUUGGGAACUGGUUCGGGAAGAGGAAGAGAGGGUUGAUUAUGGGGAUUUGGAACGCGCACACCUCCGUUGGCAACAUUAGCGGCUCGCUGCUUGCUGCUGCAGUGCUGAGCUGUGGAUGGGGGUGGUCGUUCAUUGUUCCGGGGGCGUUUAUUGUGUUGGGUGGGGUGUUGGUUUUCUUGUUCCUGGCUCCGUAUCCGGAGGAUAUAGGGUUUACUCACCGUCAGUUGAUGGCGACGGAUGAGAAUGGUCGGGAUGUGGAGGGUCAGAAUCGUGGCGGUGAGCAGGGUGGGAAUGAUGGAGGUGGUGGUGCUAGUGUUCCUGGACCGUGUGGAUCCGGACUGAGGACGAGCGUCGGCCUAUUGGAGGCUUGUUUCAUUCCAGGAGUUAUACCGUUUGCAUUGUGCUUGUUCUUCUCCAAGCUCGUGGCUUACACGUUCUUGUACUGGUUGCCUUUCUACUUGAGCCAGACAGCAAUUGGUGGGCACUUCAUGUCCGUGAAGUCUGCGGGAAACCUCUCUACUCUGUUUGACGUAGGAGGCAUCGUCGGUGGUAUUCUUGCUGGCUACAUAUCCGAUAGACUUAAAGCUCGAGCUAUCACAGCAGCCAGUUUCAUGUACAUGGCGAUCCCAGCCAUGCUCUUGUACCGGUGGUAUGGGAGUGUCUCCCAGACUCUGAACAUCGUACUGAUGAUGAUUGCUGGCUUGUUCGUGAACGGACCAUACGCACUGAUCACAACAGCAGUGUCAGCGGACCUUGGCACCCACAGCUCUCUCAGAGGCGAUUCUCGAGCACUGGCCACCGUCACUGCGAUAAUCGACGGCACUGGAUCAAUCGGGGCAGCCCUUGGUCCGCUUCUCACCGGGUUUCUAUCGACGAGAGGAUGGAACUUGGUGUUUGUGAUGCUGAUGCUCUGCGCUCUUAUUGCUGGCCUUCUUUUGACGCGUCUAGUCAUUGCCGAAAUUGCUGAAAAGGCUGAUCGGCCGAUGCCUGGUAGUAAGCAGGGACGUGAAGCUCCUGCAUCACAGCCACUUCUAGGCAAUCUUUACAAGAACACGGAUUAGAAACUAGAGACAAUUUUUUGGUUGGCUGAAACAAGACAGUCUGUAGAAGAAUUCAAAGGAGACAUGCAGCAGCCGAUAUAGAGUUUGUAUAGUCACAUUGCCAUAUAUUGUUUCUGUUUUCUGUGUGGAAUGUAGUGUACAAAUUGGACUAUACAAAGUUAGUAGUAGUAUAUAUAUAUUAUAUAUAUAUGAAUCAUGAGUGUUACCACUUGUAACUCGAGAUGGCAAUGUGGAUUCGAGUUGCCGACCCGACUUGUUCAGACCUGUUUAUUGGCGGAAUUCUGGGCUUCUGGCAAUUGAACGGAACGGGUGUAUUGCUAACUCUGAUAGUAGGACUUUUGACAGAAAUCAAUAUUCAGCACAAGUCAACUCCUUAAAUUUGUUUUUACCUUUUUUGCUUCACAUGGAGUUGUGAGUUGUGACAGCUGACAAUGUAAUCUUUUUGUACAACCAAUGAGGAUGAUUUUUUUCUUCUUCCAAGAAUGUGAUUGAAUGAAAUAGUAAAAUAAGG